UCAAUUUUAUGCAUAUUAUGUGAACUUUGUUUACAAUUUUGUUGACUGUCAGUGUCGUCAGUGCAUCUUCUAUUCUACUCUUCGGACUGCUGCAAAUGUGGUACAUUAUGUUCAUUUUCCUGUAAGGAUUCUCCAAACAGGAGCUAUAGAUAGCCCAUGAUCUGUGAACGCCAGUUUGUAUCACCUUGAUUUGACUGAUGGUCUCUCGCUGCUUGUGUUGCUGCUUAGGAAUUCCAUUGACAAACCUCACACCUGGUGUCCAAAAACAACCGUUCUGCUCAUUAGCAGACUACUUCUCCCAUAAAAGCAUGGGGGCUGGAAUGAGCGAGAUUAUUCCUGGUCUUUUUGUUGGAAACUUCAGAGAUGCAAAAGAUCAGGAGGCAUUGCGUAAUCAUAACAUCACACACAUCGUGGCAAUCCACGACCAUCCUAAGGGACAACUCCCGCAUAUUGAGUACCUCUGCUUAAACUCAGCAGAUACUCCUACUGCAAACAUCUCUCAGUUUUUCUACAAAUCCACUGAAUUCAUCCACAAUUGCAGAGUGAAUCAGGGCUGCGUACUUGUGCACUGUAUUGCUGGAGUGUCAAGGAGUGUAACGCUGACUGUAGCGUACCUGAUGACCGUGACUGACCAUGGCUGGAGGGAUUGUCUCAAAGCAGUCAAGCAGGCCAGGCAAGUGGCCAACCCUAACUUUGGAUUCCAGAGACAGCUUCAGACAUUUGAGCACACACAGGUUGGACAGGUCAGGGAUAGUAUGCGAGAGAAAUUCUCAGACUCGUUGAGAGAGAGGGACACAGAGGCAAUCCAACAACUCUUGGACAAGUGCAAUCAGGGACCUCAGCAACCCAAUCAAGAUAAUGAGUUCUACCCUCUACCCCACAACGCUUACACACAACCAGACCAGCAUCCUCCACCCUGACAGAUCCAGUGGUUUUAGGGUUCAGUUUUGGAUCGUGAAAGCAACCUUUCAGGGUAGUUAUAAAUAUAUUGUUUUUUUAUUUAGUAUAAAAGUUUGUUGUAUACUCAUUCAGAAAAAAAGUUGACAUGGUUGAACCUCACCCCAAACAAGACAAUGAGUUCUACCCACUCCCUCACGGCGCUUACACACAACCAGACCAGCAUCCUGACAGAUCCAGUGGUUUUAGGGUUCAGUUUUGGGGUCUGGAAAGCAACCUUUCAGGGAAGUGAGUUUUUUUUAUUAUUCUGUGUACAAAUUUUGAUUUGUAUACUCAUUUAGAAGGGAGUUGAGCGUACUGUUAUACAGGAUCAGAGCUGGAAAAUGUGUCGCGGACAACGGUCAUGUUUUGUGUGAUCAACCAUAACAUGGUGUAAGGGUGAAGUUUUGGAUCUGGAAAUCAACCUUUUAAUGUAGUAAGGUUUGGUUUUUUAUUCAGUGUAGAGGUUUUUUAUAUACUCAUAGCUGAAGGGAGGGAGUUAUGUAUUAUACAGGAUUGAUAAAAAUAGACGUUAAAUUCGUAAUUGAUGUGGGUAUCGUGGGUUAAUUUGAGGCCUGUUAAAGUAACAGCUGACCACAUUAUGAGAUUUGCCACCUUUCUUCAUAUAAAAAGUUGAGAAAAAUCAGAUGAUGUAACCAUUAUUAUAAGAUUGAAUAAUUUCUACAAUAGAGCUGUGGACACUUCAUGCCUGCAGGAAACAUGUGAUAGAGUAGUAAUACAGAGUAGUAAUAAAGACCGUAUUGAAUAUGACGUCACUGUUCAAAUGUCUGACCUACAACAUGACGUCUGUGCGCGUGUGGGUGCAUGUGGGCAUGUCUACUAUUGAUAACUGAGGACUUUAACAAAAGGGAUCCGGGAAAAAGUCACACCAGGGACAGUCCUCGGUAGAUUUUGUGUACAAAACCAAUGGGGACCAAUGGGGUCUGAAAAAUAAACACAAUGGGAGAACAAAGAGAAGUCCUCGGUCUGCACCAUAAACAUGCCUGUAUGUGUGUGCGCAUGUGUGCAGGCGUGUGCCGUAGAAAUCAAACCGGGAAUGUUGCGUGCUGCGUGGGACGCGCAUACGGUUUGCCCUACAAGAUGGCGACUUUUCAUAGCAAAAAGGGUUUAUUCAAUAAGGUCUAAAUAGGUCAAAAGUUUACGAGGCAUGCAGGUGAAAGUUGUGCCAAAUAAUAGUUUGUUUUCUAGAAAGAUUUACAGUAAAGAUUUUUUGCUAUCAAAACAACCCUGUUUCAGACAGCAGUGAUAGUUCAUAUUGAACUCAGGGCAUUGUUGUUUUUCUCUUUAAAAUGUAAGUUACAGUAUGUCAUCUAUUUGUGUUUACUUUCAAAUCGGGGCCCAAUUUCACAGAGCUGCUUUUAUAAUCACAAAAAGUAACUAAGCACGACAAAAUGUUGCUUACCAGCGUAAGGUUACCAACCAAAACAGUACACCAUUUUCAUAUGGUUCAUCUGUGACUGGUAUCCUGUUUAACUUUGCUUAUAAAUAGGUUAUCAGCCAAAUUACAACUUGUUACUGGUUUCCUGCCGAUUACUGCUGAUUAUUGUAAUCUUGCAGGGGGGGGGGCAGCAGUCCCGCGAGAAUAUCACGCAGAGAGCCGGAAUGCUAUCACCGCGACAGACAUUCAACAACUUGUCCACAAGUCUAAUUCAGAUAAGCAUAAUUUGGUUAACUCUGAGCUACUUUUUGCACUUUAGCAGCUCUAGGUAGCUUGGGCGAGUACGUCACCUUUCUAUUGUAUAACGAUUUUUGCCUUUCACUCGAUCGAUAGCUAUGCAUUUUCAGCAUGUCUAUUUACAGCUUGAAUUAUAUUUUUGUAUCCUUAAGAAUAUUUGGCUUUGGGUAAAAUUUCCUGUAAAAUUAAAUAUGUUUCAGUGUAAAUAUUAUUUACACGUAUGUAAUAAUCUUGAGCCCAAUGUAAAGUUGGGGCAAGCUUCGCUUUUUAAAUGAUAAGUUACAAAAUAAAAAUAUUUAGUAAUAAACCAGAAGGAAAACUGACUGAUAAAUUUGUUAACGCAUUUGGGAUUGGAUAAAGACAAAUUUACUAGAGUACGACUUGAACCUCAAUCUCCAGAUUGACAUGACGGCUCUCUACCAACUGAGCUAUAUCUAGCCCUUGUGUUGUCAGUCUCCCUAUGUUGUCAAUAUCUUUUAUUCGCAGGCGUGCAACUGUUACUUCACCAAAAAAUGAGGAAAUUACAAAACUUCAUUGACUUUGUAAAGUAUUUAUCAAUUUUGAAUGGUAAAAAUGAGACUAAAUAUUAAGAAAUCAGCUGAUCCGAGAUAAAGUUGCAUGCCUGUGUUUGAGAUGAAAGUCGAAAGCCAUUUUCAACUUUCCCUUUGGGCAUGAUCCCUUGCUAUAUGGCAGUUACAGGACAACUUGCAUCUAAUGCCAAUUUCAUAGGUUGACAACUUUUUACUUUGUAUAAUAUUUUGUUUUUGUGUAGGCGCCUUGAUCGUUUUAUUUGACAGGGGAGACUAACAAGAACACAUUCAAAUAAAAAACAAACAACCGUC